AUGGGAGCCAAACAGGCCAAGUUAAAGUCAGAGGUCCUUGACGAGUUGACGCGUUCGACUCCGUUUAACGAAGAAGAGAUCCAUAGGUGGUAUCAUGGGUUUGUAAAGGACUGUCCUAGCGGUCAGUUGACAGUGGACGACUUUCAGCGGAUCUACAGUGCCCUCUUCAGUAAUCCCAAUGCGCUUGCCUCCAACGGUGAUUGUUAUGGAGACCCGGGUCCAUUUGCCGGUCUUGUUUUUCGUGCGUUUGAUCAAAACGGCGACGGCGUGGUCGAGUUCCGAGAUAUUAUUACAACUUUAAACAUCAUCGGAACUGGCAAUGAUGAAGAACAGAGACUGCGCUGGGCCUUCCACGUUUAUGACCUCGACGGGGACGGAUAUAUUAGUCGGGGUGAAAUGUUGCAUGUUGUAAAGGCAAGCCACUGCCGAUCGCUGGAGAUGGAUGUUUGGGUUGGUGUUGAGGCAUCAGGAGUGGAGUGGAUCUGCAACUCACAGUCCGUUCACUCAAUGCAGGCCAUCUACAAGAUGAUCGGACCCACGGUGAUAUCGCGGGUGAUGCCGGCUGACGAGUCCACGCCAGAGCAACGCACCCACCGUCUGUUUGCCCUGAUGGACAGAGACGGCGACGACCGGAUAUCCCUCGACGACUUCAUGGAAGGCGUCUACGCGGAUCCGGAGGUCCUGGCGUUUCUGCAAGCACCGACGACUACCUCGGCCUCCUGCGCCUCCGCGUCCGACGUCCAGACAUGCCAACACCAUCACCCCCAUAGCGCUGUCGAUAAUGGCCAGGUGUCUACCAGGUGA